AUGGAACCAGAGCCGUCCCUUGGCGCUCUCCUCAAGGCUAUCCAAGCCCUCUCCACACAAGUCAGGUCCCUCCAGGACCAAAUCAAAUCCCAGGGCAAGCAAAUCACCCAGCUUGCUGCCCUAUGUAAGGAAACCAACAACAUUGUUGGAGACUCGGCUCAGGGCGGAACCCAAGCCAAGCCUGGCCCAGCGACUGGGCCUACCACUCCUCCUACCCACACAGGGGGAGAAGCCAACACUCCAGGCACGGUUAGGCCUGGACUCAAAGCCCCUUUCAGGCCAUCCAGGGGAACAGGAUUCGAUUUGGAGGAAGAGGAAGAGCCAAGACGCCCCAAAAGGGAGCCUCAGGGAACGCCUGCUAGACAUUUAGGGUCCCUCACCCCUUUUGACGCAGGGUCUAGCGUGAAGCGGCCCAAGAUGGACCUCCCCGACCCCUACAAGGGAGACACUAGGGGGCGUAAAGCCACUCAGUGGCUGGAUAGGAUGAUGCUCUGGGUUGCCCUACAUAGGGACCAAUUUGAUGAAGAGGAGCAGAUGGUCGUGUGGAUUCUUUACCACAUGACAGACAAGGCCGCAGAUUGGGCCCUCCCUAUCAUCGGCACAAUCAUCAAGGGCGAGGGAAAUCCCCCCACCACCAUCCAAGCCUUGACGGCUAAGUUCAAAGAAGCCUUUGCCAAUCCAGACGCAAAGAGGGCAGCCGCCAGGAAGAUUGCCGCGCUUACUCAGACAACCACUACGUCUGAGUAUGUCACUGAAUUCCGCAACCUCAUGGCGGAACUUGACUGGAAUACAGAGGCAUACAUUGCCCAAUUCACGCGCGGCCUUCAUUGGAAGGUCAAAGAGCUCCUGUCCACCAAGGACAAUAUCCCCGACAACAACCUUGAGGCCAUAUUUGCCGCCUCAGUCAAAAUAGACAACAUUUGUUGGGAAAACAAGGAGAACCGCCCCAAAAAGGUUCCCACCAAGGCCCCGGUCACCGCGACCACCUCUACCUCCACCACUACCACCAGGGUCUGCCUAUCCGAGGACCCCAAUUAUGUAACACCGGAAGAAAGGGAUUGCCGCCGCGCGUCUGGCCUCUGCGUCAAGUGCGGUCAAAAAGGGCACGGGAUUAAACAGUGUCCCAACGGCUGGAAGGCAUCCAUCAAAGAGGUGGCCAAGGUUGCGGAGGACAAGUUGGGAAAAGAGUAG